AUGAUAUCUGAAUAUGAUAAUGAGAACAAUGUCCAACUGCAGGAUUUAGCCCAGCCUAGUGCAAUUGACACAUAUGAACACCUCCCGUCUACUAUCUUUUAUCGUAGUUUUGGCAUGAAAAGAGCCAGUCCCAUCGAUAUUAGAUCGAAUUCAGAUGCCUUAGAAAGGCCGCAAGUUGUUGAACAAGAAAAGAAAAAGAUGGGUGGAAGCUAUGGUACAUUUGAUGGCGUUUUCCUCCGUUGCGUUCUCAACAUUUUAUCAGUUGUUUAUUAUUUAAGACUUGGAUGGGUCGUUGGAAACUGCGGCCUCUUACUAUCCUUCCUCAUGAUCAUUGUUUCAGGUCUUGCAACAACUCUUACAACACUUUCCCUUUCAGCCAUUGUUACAAACGGCCGAGUCAAAGGUGGUGGUGUUUAUUUCUGCAUCUCUAGAUCAUUGGGACCUGAUUUUGGUGGCACAAUUGGUGUUGUUUUCUCAAUUGCCACUAUUUUCACCGGAGUUCUCAACACUUUCGGUUUUGUUGAAGUCGUGAAGGACAUAAUAGGCAAGGAUAUCACAAAAGACGGAAAAUGGGAUAUUCCUAUUAUCGGUAUAUCAUUAGUUACUUUCUUAGUUAUUUUAAUUUGCAUCUCUCUCGUUUUCGAAGCAUAUCUUCAAUACAUCUUAGCUGUAGUCAUCGCACUCUCCAUCAUUACGAUCUUAAUCGGCUUCGCAAUCCCAGGAAAACCAAAAUGGAUUGUAACAAAUCUGAAAAAUAACCUGUAUCCGAAAUUCCAAGAAGGAAACACGUUCUGGACAAUCUUCGCCGUCUUCUUCCCUGCAUGCACAGGUAUCAUGGCCGGUGCAAACAUCUCAGGUGACCUCAAAGAGCCACAGAAGUCAAUUCCUAUCGGAACUUUGGGAGCUAUCGGAUUUACAACGUUAUUAUACCUCGUUACAGCUACAAUUGUUGCUUCAGCUGCUGAUCGCGAGACAUUAUGGUCAGAUUUUUCACUUCUCUCCCGUAUCUGCGCAUGGAAGUGGUUCAUUUACAUCGGCGUUCUUGCUGCUUCUUUCAGCUCUACAUCAUCUGCCAUGGUUGGCGGUCCAAAGUUAUUCCAAGCUUUAUGCAGGGAUGACAUCCUUCCAAAGUUCUUCAAAUUCUUCGCCAAAGGCAAGGCUAAAACAGAUGACCCAAUUCGUGGCUUCAUUCUCGGUUGGAUUAUCAUCGUAAUCACCACAUUCAUUUUCAAGGAUCUUAACGCUGUCGGUCCCAUUGUAUCCAGCCUCUUCCUCAUUUCCUACGGUGUAACUUCCUUCACAGCCCUUGUUGGUCGCUUAUCUCACGCUCCAUCAUGGCGUCCUGCAUGGAAGUACUACCAUCCAGUGACAGCAAUCCUCGGUGCUGCCAUGUGCAUCAUCGCCAUGUUCUUAAUCAACUGGGUAAUCGCGUUAGUUACGAUCGGAAUCGUUCUGAUUAUUUUCGGUUACUUCCAUUGGAAAGAUAGGCCAUCAGCCGACUGGGGUGAGUUCCCGCAGGCCAUGCUUUUCACCGAUACAGUCAGAAGAGUGGCCAAACUACAAGAAAUUUCACCUCACGUCAAAAACUAUCGUCCUGUCGUAGAAUUCCUUGUUUUCAGGGAUGGAACUGAAGAAAGACAGAUCAGAAACGUACUUCCUUUCGCAGAUGCAUGCGAACAAGCCACAUCUUUACUUUACAUUUCAUCAUGUGCGAUCACUUCUAAAGAUACACCAGAUUUAGAGAACGAAACAUGCUACGAUGCUACAAUUGUCUACAGAAGAUGGGAAGAUUUGGAAAUCCAGAAGAUUCCACCAUUAAUUGUCGGAACAGGUCUCGGAAAGCUCUGCCCGAACGUUGUUGCCACUACAAUUAAUGCAAACUUCAUUUCUAACCCAGCAUCUUUCGAUUUCGUCGGUGCGGCUUUCGAUGCAAAUCUCGGAGUCGCUCUUGCCAGGAAUUUCGAGUCAGUCGAUGCCUCCCUUGAACAUACAUGGCCAAUAGAUGUCUGGUGGCUAUCAGAUGAUGGCGGUCUUGUACUUUUACUCGGAUAUCUCAUACAAAAGAAGAAAUCAUGGGAGAAAUGCCAGCUAAGAGUACUCACCGCUGCUCCAAGAAACGAUGGUUUGAGCGAUGUCCAAGUAAGAGUCUCCAAACUCCUUCAAUUAUUCAGAAUUGACGCCGAAGUCAUUGUUAUCCCUGGAAUUGAUGAUAAACCAGGUGAUGACACAAUCAAUAUGUGGAAUGAAAGAGGAAUUGAAGAAGGAGAUGAAAAUCAGAAGAGAAAAGUUCAAACUUUCUUAAGAUUAAGAGAAUUGAUACUUGAUAACAGUGCUCAUUCUUCAAUGGUACUCUGUUCAAUGCCAAUUCCGCGUGCAACUCAAGAUGCAAAGGUUUGGCUCGGAACAAUCGACAUCGUUUCAGAUUCGAUGCCUCCUUUCAUUUGGGUUCAUGGUAAUGGUGAAAACGUCGUUACAUUCCUUACAUAA